CAAUGGUCAUUCAGUUCUCGUUGUAGUUCAGUGAAGACAGUAAUAAAUAAAAUCAAUAUAUAUAUAUAUAUAUAUACAUAUAUAAACCAUGGUGUUAAAAAUGAGUAUAACAUGUGCCAUUUUAGUGGCUUUCUUCAGUAGCAGUAUGGCAGGAGUUAUUCAUUCAGCACCGAUUGUUGCAGCGCCUGUUGUAGCAGCUCCACUAGUUGGUUAUGCUAAGGCAGUACCUCACAAUAUUCCACCUCAUGCAUCUAGAAUUGAUAUCAAUACAAGAGCAUUAGCUGCUCCUUAUGUCGUUGCGCCUGCUGCUCCAGUAGCUGUAGCUCAUGCAGCUCCAGUAGUUGCUGCACCUUCAGCUUUAAUUGAUUAUACCAGUUAUGCGUCUCCACUAUAUAGAUCCGCUUUUAUCAGGCUUCAAUGUGAUAAGCAGGAAAGGGGAUCCCCUGUAUGGAGGGGAUGCUUCUUUGUUAGCAAUCUAAAGCAAGACCGUAUAAAAGCACCUGAGAACUCUUGGAUAGUAUCGCAGUUUUCACAGCGAACUUCACAAGCAACUAAUUCUUUCACAAUGAUGACCAAGUGCCUCAUCCUCUUCUUCGCUCUGGUAGCUGUCUGUUCGGCGGGUAUUAUCGCACCUGCUGUACCAGCUGCGCUUACAGUAGGAACAUACGCAAGUAGUUACAAUGCACAUGCAAUCAACCAUGCGUAUGCUGCGCCUUACUAUGCUGCAGCACCAGCAGUCGCAGCACCUCUGACAUACUCAGCACCAUUGGCAUACUCAGCACCAUUCACAUAUCCGGUUGCGUACUCUGGGUACAGUGGACCAAUAAUUGCACGCCGUUAAUCAUUUUCGAUCUGACCACCCACAGUCUUUAAAGUAUCAAUCAUUGUAAAUUUAAAAAAAAGUGAGGAUACUUUUCAAAAAGAUUACCAAGUCAUAAUUAUUAAUGACAUAGUUAAAAAAUUUCUUAAUGUAAUAUUAUCAGUUCAGUCGACUUUUAAAUUAAACAAUUGUCCAGUAAUCGGUAUGAGGAUGACGAUUAAAUCGAUUAUUAUUGUUUAUUGAAAUGAUCGAGGAACUGAUGUACCAACUGGUGGUCGAUCGGCUUAUGGUAAUGAUCUACCGAUAUUUAUAUUGGUACGGAUCGUAACAGGGCGAUGGUGCCACUAGCACUUGAUCUCUCAAUUCACCAUUCACUUUUAAAUAAAACAUGUUAUUUUUAUCACUUUUUUAUAAAUACUAAAGUUGCAAAAAUAAAUAAAAAUUUAUUAAAUUUA